AUGCACCGCCCGCGCCAGGGUCCCAGCCCGAACCCGCCCGCUCGUCCUCUCGCCGCUGGUGCCUCCCGCGCCACCGCCACUCCCAGCCCGAGGAGGACGAUCCUCCGCCCCUCCAAAGCCUCUGCUAACGUGGCCACGCCGGCGCUCCAGGACCGCAGGGGCUGCGCGCGGCCGUCGACGCCAGCGCCGCGCACCAGCUUCAGCUUCCGCAGCGCCUCGUCUGAGACCUCGCUCGCAUCAACGGCAGCCAUUGACUUCGGCGUGCCAGCGUCGUCCUGCCCUCGCCGCACCUCGUGCUCUGAGGUUCGGUCAUCACUGCAAACGACAGAGGGGUCCCGGCGGCCACAAAACUCGUUCUGCUUCCGCGCACUCGACUCGGCACUGUCAGACUGCCAACCAACACUCCCACAAGCUUUGGUGAAGCCACCGCAGCCCCCUGCAAGAAAGAUUGUAGUGGUCAAGAAGGGUGCAAUGAUGGGAGGCAACAAGGCUGCUUCGAAGCAGGAGGAUGUGCACCAACUGCGGAUUCUGGACAAUCACCACGUUCAGUACAGGUUCUUGAAUGCCCUGGCGGAGGCCAUGGCGAUGGCCAAGAGUGUAGCAGCUGAGGAAUCACUCUAUGGACUCUCGGAGAGGAUUGCUGGUCUGCAGCAAUCUGUUGCAGAAAAGAAGGCUGAAGUGGAGCGUCUCAAGAGGGUAGAGAAGGUGCAUUCUGUUGUUGGUGCUCAGACCAAUAUUGGAGGAGUCAAUGAAACUCUUCAAUCUGGAAUGAAAAUUCUGGAAGAAUUGUCUCAUUCUGUUGAAAAUUUUUCAGGAAAGUAUCCUCAGAUUUCUGCGUCCAUGAAUAAUGCAACCACAAAUCAAUAUUAG